AAAAUAUAUUUCACUAUGGUUCUUAUAAACUGGUCUGAUAUCAAUCUUGAGCACUUAAAAUUUUAUAAAUAUUUUCCUAUGAAAGCAGUAUUUAAAUUUUGUUGUACUAGUAAAGAUGGAGAAGAGAAAGAGGAAAAAGGGGAAGAAAUAGUGAAGAAGAAGACAACAGAGGAGGAGAAGGAGAUGGCUCGCACGAUCUCGUUCAUCACAGGGCCACAGCUUCUCUCUCUCAAACGCCUACCAACCAUCGCCGUCGUCGACGUCAGAGACGAUGAGAGGAGUUACGAUGGGCACAUAUCUGGGUCUCUUCACUACGCAAGCGACACUUUCUCCCAAGACAUCCCGAAGCUUCUUCACGAAGUUAAAGGCAAAGAAACCCUAGUUUUCCACUGCGCUUUAAGCCAGGUUCGUGGCCCAAGCUGUGCUAGGAGGUUAGCCAAUUAUCUCGAGGAGAGUAAGGAAGAUGUCGGGAUAAAGAACAUUAUGGUUUUAGAAUGUGGUUUCAAUGGGUGGGAAGCUUCUGGUAGACCUGUUUGCCGCUGCGCCAAUGCUCCUUGCAAGGAGUCUGAGAGUGCUUAAUCUAAGAUAUCUUCAUGUUUGUGAUGGAAUAAUUGUAAGCAUAUUGUCUUUCUUGUGAUAUGUACACACAUUUGUAUACAAAAUCAAAAGUAUGAUCACUAUAUAUGAUCACAUCAUUAUAUAAAUCAUAGGUAAACUGAAUACCAGUUUCUGUUUUGUCUGUGGCUUGUAAGAAAUCCUUGGUUGGAGGUUGCCAAGAAUAGCAUAAGGUACUCAAUUUUUUACCUGAACUUCCCUUCAGCAUCACAUUAUGUAAGCUAAUCAGUAUUGUUCAGAAAA